CCAGUCGCAGCGAGUGAAAAAAAAAUAGUGAACGUCAUUAGAUUCUGUGAGUUGGAGGUAUUUAUAUGGCGGAGUGAAAAUUUACGCGAAAAAGUGAAAUAGUUUCGAGGGUCGUCGUCUGUUUCGUCCAUCGGAAUUCGCAGCGAGGCAGUGCGUGGCGGAACCAGGCCCUUCAGAAUGUCCCCGCCGGGCAAUGGAAUCUUCGUCGUCCGGGGCGAGAUGUCCACCCUGACGACGGCGAUGCGUCGUGGCUCACGGUGGAGUUCCAACUCUUAUCAGGAUGACGAAAAGGACGUGCUUCUAAAGAGCUUCCACGAACUGAAGGAAAAGCUGCUGCAGGUUGAGGAUCUGAGGCUGGUCGAGCCUGGAUUGUUUCUGAACCCCUUUCUGGAAGUGAUUCGGUCGGAGGACACGACGGGACCGGUGACCAGUCUGGCCUUAUCAGCGGUGAACAAAUUUUUGUCUUACGGAUUGAUUGAUCCGACGCAUUCGACGCUGGCGGCCACGGUUGAGAGCAUUGCGGAUGCCGUAACGCAUGCACGGUUCGUUGGAACCGACCAGACUUCGGAUGGGGUCGUUCUGAUGAAGAUCGUCCAGGUGCUGCGGACGCUGGUGUUGAGUCCGGAGGGGAGUGCGCUGUCGAACGAAAGCAUUUGCGACAUUAUUUUGAGCUGUUUUCGGUUGUGCUUUGAACCGCGGCUGAACGAGCUGGUCCGUAAGACGGCUGAAAAUGCGUUGAAAGACAUCGUGUUGCUGUUGUUCAUGAGACUUCCCCAGUUUGUGGAAGGAGGUAACUUUAAUCUGAAAUCGCUGAAGAUGCGUUCCAGUUCGAUGGAUCAAUCCAACAAAAAACGAAAGAGCAGUCGUGCCGAGCUUAAACCAGUCGCGGUAACUGCUCCCAAGAUAGUGGCCAGCGAAGAGGGUUCGCUGGAGCAAACGGAACCAACAACGCCGGUGGUCAGCAAUGCACCGAAGGGAUUGAAACCACCACCCCUUUCCACUACUCCUGCGACUCCGGCAGGUCCGAUUGUAGACAUGCAAGGUAUCAUCUCGCAGACUCCGAAAAGCAGUCAAGAACCCAAAACAGACCCCAUCCCAGAAGAGGCAGAUCAUCAACAGACGCAGCCAGAGUCCCUUCAAGAAGUACCGCAAGUUGCAGAACUUCUGGAAGAAGCACCGAUGGAAUCAUUUGUGAACGCAGUUGGCGUUCGAUUCACUCACCAGCAGGAGGAUGAAACGCCGGGUCCGGUUUCCCAUUUACCGUACGGGCUGCCGUGCAUCCGCGAACUGUUCCGCUUCCUGAUAUCUCUGUGCAAUCCACACGAUAAGCAAAACACCGACGUCAUGAUUCACAUGGGGCUGACCCUGCUGACGGUCACCUUCGAGGUCGGUGCGGACAGCAUCGGCAAGUACGACUCGUUGCUGGCCAUCGUCAAGGACGAUCUGUGCAAGAACCUUUUUGCGCUGCUAGCCACCGAGCGCAUCUCGAUCUUCGCUGCCGACUUGCAGUUAUGCUUCUUGAUGUUUGAAUCGCUCCGCUCGCAGCUCAAGUUCCAGCUCGAGUAUUACCUCACCAAGUUGACCGACCUGAUCGUCAACGAGAAUCCCCGCAUCCUCUACGAAGCGCGCGAACUCGCCCUCGACAACCUCCUACAACUGUGGCGCAUUCCCGGCUUUGCCGCUGAACUCUACAUCAACUACGACUGCGACCUCUACUGCACGAACCUGUUCGAAGACCUCACCAAGCUCAUGUCCAAGAACACCCUCUCGGCGACGCAUUCGAUCUACAGCGUGCACACCCUGUCCAUGGACUCACUGCUGACGAUCAUCGCAUCCAUCGAACGGAACUGCAUCCAGGCGAAGAACGGCGAGAAAACGACCUACAUGCGACACUCGCGCAACAACUCCAGCGUCGACAAAAUCAUCCUCGAUCCAAACAUUUCCCUCGAUCAAACCAUCGUCGGCAGUCCACCCGGAGACCAAGACGGUGACGUAGUCGUCGAAAACAUCAACAAAUACCUAAAGUCUAGUCAGAACGAGGACCGACUGCGGCAGCUGGUCAGCCAGGAAGGUGCCGCCGACGGAACUUCCCUAUCCCACGAAGAGCUGGCCGCCAUCAAGAAGAAGAAACGCCUCCUCACACAAGGCUCGGACCUGUUCAACCAACGUCCGGAAAAAGGCAUUCAAUUCCUCCAGGAAAACGGCAUCCUCAGCCCGGUGCUGGACCCGCUCGAGGUGGCGCACUUUCUACGGGAAAACUCCGGCCUGGACAAGAAGAUGAUCGGCGAGUACAUCAGCAAGAAGAAGAACGUCGAGAGCAAAAUUCUGGAAGUGUUUGUCAAGUCGUUUGACUUUGCCGGACUGACGAUCGAUCAGGCGCUACGGUUGUAUUUGGAGACGUUCCGACUGCCCGGGGAAGCUCCGCUGAUCUUUCUCGUGAUGGAGCACUUUGCUGACCACUGGCAUACGUGCAACAACGAACCGUUCGCCAACACGGACGCCGCGUUCCGGCUCGCGUACGCCAUCAUCAUGCUGAACAUGGACCAGCACAACUACAACGCGAAGCGGCUGAACGUCCCGAUGACGGUGGACGACUUUCUGAAGAACCUGCGCGGCCUGAACGGCAACUCGGACUUUGACCAGGAGAUGCUCACGAACGUGUACAACGCGAUCAAGAACGAGGAAAUUGUGAUGCCGGCCGAGCAGACGGGACUGGUGCGGGAGAAUUACUUGUGGAAGAUGCUGCUGCGACGCGGCGCGACCAAGGACGGUCUGUUUCAUCACGUGUUUGGGCCGAACCACGAUCGGGAGUUGUUCCGGAUUAUUCAGGGGUCGACGCUGGCCGCGUUGAGCUUUAUCUUUGAUCGUAGUCCGGAGAACUCGCCGCUGUACCAGAAGGCUACGGGGGGUUUUAUGAAGUCGGCGGUGAUCGCGUCGCACUACAGUCUGCACGGGGACUUUGACGCGCUGGUGUUGACGCUGUGCAAGUUUACGAGUUUGUUGAAUCCGCCGAGCGAUGUGCACGAGAUCACGGCUAGCGUGCUGUUUGGGCAGAACGCCAAGGCCCAGCUGGCGAUGAAGACGGUGUUUGCGUUGAUUCAUGACCAUGGGGAUUGUAUGCGGGAGGGGUGGAAGCACAUUACGGAUGUGGUGUUGCAGUUGUUUAGAUUGAAGUUGCUGCCGAAGGCGCUGAUGGAGGCGGAAGAUUUUUGCGAGCCGGGCGGGAAGGUGACGCUGUUGCGUGAGCAGAAUCUGGUUCCGAAGACGGAUGCUGGGUUGUUGAGCUCGUUGUACUCGUACUUGAGCAAUGACAGUCAGCGGCAGCCGUCGUACGAGGAGCAGGAGAUUAUCAAGCAGUCGAAGCGGUGCAUCAAGGAGUGUCAGAUCGAGCAAAUCGUGAACGAGUCUAAGUUUUUGCAGUUUGAGUCGCUGGUCGAGCUGGUGAAUUGUUUGCUGGGGAUGAUCAAACCUCCGGAGAGUCACAAGUCGGUUGGGUUGCCGUACGCGGAGAACACGGUUGUGUUUUUGCUUGAGCUGUUGGUGAAAGUUCUGAUUCAGAAUCGCGAUCGGUUGCUUCCCAUUUGGAAGCCUUGCCAGGAUCAGCUCUACCUGUUGUUAAGUGGAUCUUCAUCGUGCGAUUACAGCUAUCUGCUACAGCGGUCUACGGUUGCCCUGUUGAAGCUCGCGAUUUAUUUGAUGCGCAACGAGGAGAUUUGCUCGACAAUCCUGCAGAGUUUGCGCAUGCUGUUGAUGCUGAAGCCGGCAGUGAUUCUGGCCAUUUCCAAACCCAUUUCGAUUGGAAUGUACGAACUGCUCAAGACUAGCGCCCAGAACAUUCACUCCGAGUCCGAUUGGAUCAUUGUGUUCACCAUCUUGGAGUGCGUCGGAGCUGGUGCGCUGCCACCCGAGUACGAAGAGACCCCGGUCGUGUCCGGGACGAAAUCCGACGGAGCACUCAGCAGUGAAGAGGACUCCGGCCUGCCGGAUCGUGGCUACAUCUCAGACUCGGAACUGAGCGCGAUCAAGAGUGCACACUCUUCAAAUUCAUGCACGCCCCUUAUCAGUCCCACCGGCGACAACUGGAUCCUGGUGAACAAGGACGCCGACAUCGUCUCGUCCCGGUCGAGCUCGCCGAAGCAUUCCAUCCAGUACCGGUGCAAGCUGCUCGAGCACUCCCCCUUCGCCCUGGUCAAGUGCUGGGAAAGCCUUGCGUUUAUCGUGCGCAACGUGGCCCAUAUCACCCCGUACAACUUUGAAAGCUGUGUUCGCUGCAUCCGAACCUUCGUGGAAGCCUCCAUGAACGACGGCAAAGAGAACCGCCGAAGGCAACGAAGUGGCAAAACUUCCCGCAAUCGGAACCGCAAAAACGACGCCAGCAGUGACAGCGACUCGGAAGAACUGCCCGAGGCGUACCAAUCCAUCUCGAUCCAACUGCUGGACCUGAUGCACACGCUACACACCCGCACCGCCCAAAUCUUCCGCUGGUGGGCCGAGGAGGGGGGCGCCCUGCCUCAAUGUUCCGCCCUGUGGUCGCAGGGCUGGUGCCCACUGCUCCAAGGCAUCGCACGUCUGGCCACCGAUCAACGGCGGCAGGUUCGAACCAGCGCUAUCACCUGUCUUCAGCGUGCGCUUCUAGUGCAGGACCUGCAAACCCUAACCGGACUGGAAUGGGCCGGUUGCUUCAAGCAGGUCCUUUUCCCCCUGCUCUCGGAGCUGCUGACGGAAAAGCCCGCCAAACCGGCCGACUUUGGCCUGCUGGAGGAGUCCCGCAUGCGCACCGCCACCAUCAUGUCCAAGGUGUUUCUGCACCACCUGAACCCGCUGAUUGGCCUCGCCGGCUUCAACGAGCUGUGGCUCGAGAUACUGGACUACUUUGAGCGCUUCAUGAAGAUCGGCUCGGACAUGCUGUACGAGGCGGUGCUCGAGAGCCUGAAGAACAUGCUGCUGGUGAUGCAUUCGGUUUGCGUGUUCCACAACAGUGACGGAGUGACCCACUCGACCCUCUGGGAUGUCACAUGGCAGCGAAUUUCCGGCUUCCUUCCAAACCUGAAGGACGAAUUGUUUAAGAGUGAUGUUCAAACACCCAAAGUUGCACCCGUUCCGUCACCACAACCGCCAGUAGAACCUGCCCCGGCCGUCAACAUCCAGCCAAGUAUUAUCCUUCAGCCUCCGCAGGGGUCAUCCGAGCCAUCGGCCACCAUUCGGCUGCCAACGGGAACGUCCAACCUGCUCAUCGACAACACCAACCUAAUAAAUCCACCUCCGGUGGAACUGCCGCAGGUCGCUCCCGUGCUGAUUCCCCAAGCGGAACUUGCUUCGUUACCCGUGAGUCCGGUCCUUCAACCCGUAACCCCGCAGCAGGCCCUUUCGCUGGAAAACAGUCCCACCAACACCAACCGCUACUCCAACAUUAUCGAACUGCCGGUGACACCGUCGCCGCCGCCGUCGGAGCAAGUCCAGCCGACAGAAACCGACCCCCAAGUUCCGCUGAGUCACCUCGUUGGCGGGAACCAGUACCCGUCGCUCCACAACGUCCCCAUCGGAAUCGCGCAAAGUUUCGCCCCGAUCUUUGUCCAACCGAACGCGAACCCGGCCGAGGGCGCCGACAUCUACAAUGACUACAUCAACGAUCCGUACAAUCUGACGCUGCAGAUCGACUCGUCGGCUCAGGAUCAGCAGCAGUUGCCGCAGUCGGCACCGCAGCAAAAUGUAUUCCAGUCGGCCAACUACUUCCAGUUUGGCACCGGCCGGAUACCGCCAGAACUGGAAAAUGGCCAGGAAAAUCAAACUGACGAUUGUGACGAGUGAUGAAACAGUUUGCAAAUUGUUGGUGCAAAGCAAAACGCGUUUAGAUAUGAAAUGAUAGAUGAUUUUUUAAACUAACCUUUUCUUAAACGAUUCGGCGUCUAUUUGUAUUAUAUAUUUUGUUUAUCGUGAAAAAAAAAAUGUUGUUAACUAUGUAUUACAAACACAAACCAUAAAUAACCGACUAUUUAAACCGGGGGCAAAGCUAGGAAAAGGGACUUCUUUUUUUUCGUUAUCACAAAAAACACACAUUUUAAUAGGCGUUCUGGUCACAGACAUCCACACUGAUAAAGAUAUUCACAUUUUAUUUUAAUAUCCAAUUAGAAGAGAAUUAUGAAAAUAUUAUACACCCCACUGGGUCACGUAAUUAGAA